AUGGCCCCCAGCCCCGGGCCUCGGACUGCCAAGCAGGCUGCCUUGAUGGGUUUCGAACUUGAACACCCAGAGGCUGAUUCGCGGACACCGAUCACACUACUCGACACGGUCAAUGGACUUCGUCUCCGUGGUCGAGAGUGCAUCGGCUUGCGGCUCGAGCUGUUCGAUGUCUUCGACAAAAAUGCUGUGCUGGACACCAAAGACAGUAUUGUUUGCACGUUGGCGAGUGUAGGCCGGGUCAAAUGGGUGCACGCAGAUACUUUGGUGCCUGAAAAGGAGAAGUAA